GUACCAAGUUCUCCUCCCGCCGCCGGUGCCGACGUCUCGGUUGACCGGCCGAAGAUGCUUCAGUGCUCCGUCGUCGUCGCCUUCGCUCGCCUCGCGCACGUGCUCAGCAGGGCGCUCAAGUCCCUCUGCUCCCCGACGUCGGCCGCGAUGACCACGGUGAUCCCACCCGCCUGGCUGCCCCCGGGCAGGAGCAAGAAGGUGGACCCGGUCGCACUCGUCGACGACAAGCCGGGCAGAAAGGACCAGCUGCAGCUCCUGGCGCUGCCUCCUGCUCUUCCGGCGUUCAAUGGGGAGAGUACAGCCGAGGAGAAGAAGACGGCGAAGGCGGCGAGGGGCAGGCCGCCCAGGCUGGUCAUACCGCCGCAGCCGGCCUGCGCUGCUGCGGUCGACCCGUUCGGCGAGGCGGCCGGCCGGGAGACGGACGUGGCGACGGAGGUGGAGGUGCAGGGGGAGGGCUUCUGCCUGGCGAGCAGGAGAGGGGUCAGGCACGCCAUGGAGGAUGGGUACGAGGUGAUAACUGACAACAACAUUGGUGGAGGAGGCUCCCAACUGGCGUUCUAUGGUGUGUACGACGGGCACGGCGGCCGGGCAGCCGUGGACUUGGUCGCCGACAAGCUCGGAAAGAACGUCAUCGCCGCGCUCGCCGCCUCGAGCCGGCAACAAUCGGAGCCGUCAUCGUCGUCGUCGUCGUCGAUGCAGCAGGGCGAGGAAGAUGAGGAGGAGCAGCAGGUCAAUGCGGUCAUGGCGGCGAUCAGAUCGGCGUACCUGACCACGGACAGCGAGUUGUUGAGCCAGGGUAUACGUGGUGGCGCAUGUGCUGCGACGGCGCUGGUGAAGGACGGCGAGCUCUACGUCGCCAACGUGGGCGACUGCCGCGCCGUCCUCGGCAGCUGCCACGGCGGCGUCGCCACUGCCCUGACGACCGACCACACCGCCGGCCGUGAGGACGAGCGCCGCAGAAUUGAGAGCUCGGGAGGGUACGUGAGCCGCGGCAGCAGCGGCGUGUGGCGCGUGCAGGACUGCCUGGCCGUGUCACGCGCGUUCGGCGACGUGUCCAUGAAGCCCUGGGUCACCUGCGAGCCGGAGGUCUCGCGCCGCCGCCUCACGCCGGACUGCCGCUUCCUCCUCGUCGCGUCCGACGGCCUCUGGGACAAGGUGUCCAGCCAGGAGGCGGUCGACGUCAUCUCCGCGGCCUGGACAGGCACGCCCGUGGGCUCGUGCAAGGACCUGGUCGCCAUGGCCAAGAGCAGGGGGAGCCGAGACGACAUCACCGUCAUGGUCGUGGAUCUGCAGCGAUUCCUGCGAUAGAGACGCGCAGCCAGACAUCGAUCGGUCGAUCAAUGAAAGUUUCGUCAUCAAAUGUUAGUUUAUCUCUUUCAAAUUUUUUCACUUUGAUGAUUUGAGUACUGUAAAUGAUCUUGAAUAGAGAUUGUACGAUAGGGCUGCCUUCCGAAGAGAUUAAUUGGAUUGGACUUAUCGGAAAGUGCAGAAGAUUAGCGCGACAUGUAAAAUAGUAUUGAUGAGCUUUUGAUCAAA